AUGGUCGUUGCGCUAGGUCCGGGGAAGUUCUACGGCAGCAGCCUGCCGCGCCCGCGCUUCUACUCCGACGUCAAGCUCAGCUCCGAGCGGGUCGAUCCGCCGCCGUCCGUCACCGAUCCGCUCAUGUCGUGGGCGCAGGAGGCCCACUGGUCCAUGGGCGGCCUCAGCGCCAAGCGCCGCCGCCUCCAGGGGCGGAUCGAGGGCAGCGUCGAGAAGCUCCGCGCGCAGAAGGAGCAGAUCUUCAAUCGCACUCCGAUCCCGAACAAAUCCGCCGCGGAAGACCGGAUCCGCGCCGAGACCGGCGGAUCCCCCUCCCCGCCGCGCGCUCCCGUCGCGAUCAAGCGGCGGCGCGUCGUCGGAUUGAUGGAUGAGGACGAGGAGGCGGUGGAGGAGGAGGAAGUUGUGGCGGUGAGGAAGGGUCCGGUGAGGAAAUUGGGGGAUGAUUUUGAGAGAGUGGCGAGGGAGAGCGGAAUGGCGAGCGAAAUCGGGGGCGGCGGUGAAGGGAAGAAGGUGGAGAAGAGGAAAUUGGUGAAGGGAGGGAGGAGGAUUGGGGGUGCGGUGGUGGCUGCGGCCGCCGGAAUCAGAAGCUCGCCGCGGUUGUCGAAGAUGCGUUGA